UACGGUAUCGCGGUUGAUUCCGGGUCCUCAGGCUCACGUAUCCAGAUCUACUCGUGGCCUGAUCCUUCAGAAGUGUCCAAGGAGGACACUUCACAGUGGAACUCAGUGCCUAGAGUGUUUCAACAGGAGGACUGGAGCUAUAAGACCUCACCAGGGGUGUCGACGUUCGCAGACAAGCCACACAAAGUGUGGGACGAUCACUACGAGGACCUGAUCGAGUAUGCAGAGAAGAUCAUCCCGAAGGAACAGUGGAAUGAGACGCCUAUAUUUAUACUGGCAACUGCAGGGAUGAGGUUGGUGCCCAAGAAGAAGAGGGAUACGCUGCUCGAGACGAUCUGUGAAAAGGUUGGGAAGAAGAGUGAGUUCUUACUGGAAAACUGUGCUGAGCAGGUUCAAAUCAUCGAUGGCGAGACGGAAGGUUUGUAUGGCUGGAUCAGCUUGAACUACUUGCUGGGCCAGAUGGAUGAUUACGACGUGAGUAGCGAAGAGAGCAACGAUUCACUACGCCCGAGUUACGGGUUCAUGGAUAUGGGUGGUGCCUCCACCCAGAUCAGCUUUGUUCCGUACUCCAGGGAAGAAAUCGUCAAGCAUAGAGAUGACAUAUCAACGGUGUACCUACGGAAUGUUGGUGGUGGUGUUCAGCAAUGGGACGUAUUUGUCAGUACGUGGCUAGGAUUUGGUGCCAACGAGGCGAGGAAGAGAUACUUGAAGAAUCUGAUCAAUAUACUACCUGAGCUGAACAACAGCAACGAUGAGGACGAUUUCAACACGAAGGCUGUUAAUGACCCGUGUUUACCACGCGGCGCAAAGCUAGACUUCCUCCACUUGAAGCAUUCCUACGAGAUCAUAGGCUCUGGUGAUUACGAGAGCUGUUUGAAAACCACGUACCCCUUGCUGCUGAAGAAUCUACCUUGUACUGAGACUCCAUGUCUGUUCAACGGCGUCCAUGCACCAGAGAUUGACUUCCAAAGGGAUAAAUUCGUUGGCAUCUCUGAGUAUUGGUACACAGCAAAUGAUGUCUUUCACAUGGGUGGUGAGUACAACUUCCUACAAUUCAACGAGAAGGUGAAGUCCUUCUGCGAAAGUGAUUGGUCAGAGAUCCAAAAGAACUCAGAGCAAGGUGCCUAUAACAACGUUCCAACUUCGAUAUUGAUAGAUGCAUGCUUCAAGGCCAAUUGGGUCAUCAAUGUAUUACACGAGGGGUUCAACCUACCUCGUGUAGGCAUUGAGGAGAAACACUCAACUUCUGAAGAGGCCGACUUGGAGUAUAAACCCCAUAUCCCCUUCCAAUCUGCUGGAAGCAUCAAAGGUGCAGAGUUAUCGUGGACCCUGGGAAGGAUCUUGCUGUAUGCCUCCUCUAUGAUCGCAUCUUCUGAUAAGAUCAGUGUCGGAAUAGCACCGGCCUCCAAGGAGAACAAACCUUUUGUAUACGGAGGCAUUGAUAACCCGUCGCUUUCGUCACAGCUCGGACACGGAUCGUGGAGCUUCUUACUACUGUUCGUGUUUCUCGGUGCGCUGACGCUUGCUUAUCUCUACAUGUACAAAAGAGACUCCCUCAAACGCUUUCCCACUAUCUUCACGCAAAUCACAUCAAAAUUGAAGGCCAAGUACAACCAUUACCGGUAUCUCAAGCUGUCGACACAGGAGCAGACAGACCUGGAGUCCGGA